GGGUUGGACUCCAAGCGCCCAACGUGUCACACAGUAGUGUGUGCAGAUUCUCCAGAACUCCGAGCAGCACUUUUACAGCUACUUUUCUACAGAAGCUGCAGCAGCCAGAGCAGAGCGGCGUGUUCUUCUCCCAGUUAUUCACAAUGGACCGCAUUAAGGAGGGCUGGUUCACCGAGACCUGCACGCUGUGGCCGGGCCAGGCAAUGAGCCUGCAGGUGGAGGAGGUCCUGUACCAUAAAAAAUCCCAAUUUCAGGACGUGAUGGUGUUUAAGAGUAAGACGUAUGGAAACGUCCUGGUUUUGGAUGGAGUAAUACAGUGCACAGAACGGGAUGAGUUUUCUUACCAGGAAAUGAUCGCAAACCUGCCCUUGUGCAGCCACCCGUGUCCUAAGAAGGUUCUGAUUAUUGGUGGAGGAGAUGGUGGGGUGCUGAGGGAAGUUGUGAAGCAUCCAGUGGUGGAGUCUGUAGUUCAGUGUGAGAUUGAUGAGGAUGUCAUUAACGUGUCAAAGAAGUACCUCCCUGGAAUGGCGAAAGGAUUCUUCAGUCCUAAGCUGACUCUGAAUGUUGGAGAUGGCUUUGAGUUCAUGAAGCAGAAUCAGGAUGCCUUUGAUGUUAUUAUAACAGACUCCUCAGACCCUGUUGGUCCAGCUGAAAGCUUGUUUAAAGAGUCCUACUAUCAGCUCAUGAAAACGGCGCUUCGCGAUGGUGGAAUUCUUUGUUGUCAGGGAGAGUGUCAGUGGCUGCAUCUGGAGCUGAUUAAAGAAAUGCGCACCUUCUGUAAAACACUGUUCCCUGUAGUGGACUAUGCUUAUUGCACCAUACCCACCUACCCAAGCGGUCAGAUCGGCUUCAUGCUCUGCAGUAAAAACUCGCAAACAAAUUUCCGUGAGCCAGUUCGAGAUUUAUCAAGGGAUGACAUCGAGAGCAUGAGCCUGAAAUAUUACAACCCUGAAAUUCACCGAGCUUCAUUCAUCCUACCAGAAUUCGCCAGAAAGGUACUAAGUGAAGCAUAACUGUCUUCUUGGCUGCCACCUCGUCUUACUCUGCCUUCUGUGAGAACAGGACAAAUCUGCCAGCACAGUCGCAGUCUGUGUCUCCCGUCUCCCCCCAGCCUGCCUGCUGCUGCUGCUCUGUUUCAACGUGAAAGGGAACGUCUGUGGGGAUUUUUUUGUGUAUGCGUUUCAGACAGUCCUCAUUCCCUCCAGGGCUUCCCUAUGGACUUAUUGUUGGAUUAUUUUUUUAUUAUUUAUUUGCUUUCAUCUCUCUUUUUUUUCCCUGUUUGUUACACAUGAUCAGUGUUCAGCCUUGUAUCUGCACACACAAUCCUGACUGACGUGACUAAUUGUGUUUUACAUAAAUUUCCUAAUAUCAAUGUGCUGUGGAAUAUGUCUGAUGUGGGGAAGGUUUAUCGGUUUAGAUCAUGUCAAACUGAGUCUUAAUUUGUGUGGUGAGGUCACAGGAAUAUGACGCUACAUUCCACUACUACUCAUGUUGUUUGCGUUUACCUAGGAAAUCAAAUAUCCAGCUUUUAACAUACUAAUGUAAUGAAAAGAAGCAGCAUUUGAAUUUGGCAGCUGUUCAUGCCUAAAUAUAUCGUUUGUUAGGGGAAAAAUACAUUUCACUGGUUUCUGUCAGUAAAUUGUAAAUCUGUGUAAAGACACUCAGGUCAAGAGGAAUGCUAUGUUUAUGUACAUCAUUAUGUACACAGUAAUCACAGAGAUGGCAGACUGUUGGCCAAUUAAUCGAUAGUACAGCUUUAACAAAGAGGAAAAUAUUAAUUGUAGUUAAAACACUUAAUAACUAAGGCAAAGUAACCAAGUUUAAAUAACAAAUUCUGAAUAUUUCUAAUUACUUCAGAAUGACCCUCGACUCUCCCUGUUUAAAGAAAGCUGUUGUGCUCGUUGAAGAGUGAAAAUAAGAGAUGCUUUAAAUGGUUCUUUCAUUAUACAGUGAUUCCCAACUUCAUUCAGAUAAAACAUUUUAAAUCUGAGCCAGAACAGCACACCAAUCAGAGUAGACUAUCAAAGACUUCUCCAAUAAGGCUGAAACUUUUUACUGAGACUUGCAUCAAUAUUGAAAAUUUAGGGGCUCCGAGUCGUCCGGCUUAGCUAAGCGCUGCCACUUUUAUCAGGAGAUCGCCGGUUUCAAAUCCUGUUCAUGUAGCUUGCCAUCAGCUACCGAAGCCCUGAAAGAGCACAAUUGGCCUUGUUCUCUCUGGGUGGGUAGAUGACGCUCUUUGCCCACAUCACUCUAGAAGGUGAUGUUGAUCAGCACAAGGCUGCAUCUGUGAGCUGAUGUAUCAGAACCGAGUCGCUGUGCUUUCCUCCGAGUGCACUGUGAUUCUACUCUGCAAUGCUGCAUCAGCAGCAACUCGAAAAGAGGUGGUGGUUGACUUAAUAUGUAUUGGAGAAGGCAUGUGCUUGUCUUCACCUUCCUGUUGUUUGGGCAUCACUAGUGAUUGGGGGAGUCCUAAUGAGUGUGUUGGGUUAUUGGCUGUCUAAAAUGGGGAAAAUACCUAAAAAAACGUUCUUAAAUUUGUUCUUCAAAAUCAAACUGUUCAAAUCCCUAGUUUGAAAACAUUAGUGGAUGUAGAUCUGGGCAAUAGGAUGCCCUUUUUAUCGUAUCUUGAUUAAUUUUGUUAUUGUCCUGUUUGAUUAGCUUUGAUUAGCUCUGAGUAUAUUGCGAGAUAUUAUCAGUGAGUUUAAAACCUGUAUAAUGAUACUGUAUCUGCAAGUAAUUAUGAAUUCUGGUUUAAAACAUCAUGAGAAAUACUGUGUAUAUUGAACAUUUCUUUAUGGAAUAAUUUUACCCUAUUGCCCACACCCAGGCGGAUGACAUUUUUUAUAUAUAAUAUUUGAGAAGAGUGUGUUUAUUAAGCAGGUGAUGGUGAAUAAGGCCUUAAGUUUGUAGUAGACAUGAAUAUGAUCUUAAAGAACAUUUUUUUUAUUUAAAGGUCUAAAGAAACUACACUUAAUUUAAAGGUACCUUAUCCAUUUUGUCUGUUUUUUAAACACACACACUCAUCUCUUAUACAAACAUGACUCUUUACAGAGCCAAAAUUGACUAUUCUGUGGCAUCAACUUAAGAACCAUUUAAAGCCCCUUUGUUUCUAAGAGUGUAUGUAUAAGGAAGUUGCUCUGUUUUGUUGAUUUGAUUAUUAUUAUUAUUUUCUCAUUUUUAGUUAUAAGUUCUGACCGCCACAUGAGGCUGACAUGCAUAGAGGUUUUAGAAGGUAUUUUGUAUGAAACACUUUAUUAAGUGAAUUAAGUGCUGUAUGGUUUGUUAUUUAACGGGUUUUUAAACUGUUUCCAUCACAAAUUCAUUUUGUUCGCAGUCUGCUGGGUUUAGAUCUUGAUUUCCUGUAGAAUGUCAUGUGGUGUGUCUUUCCCGUGGCCUGCAGCUUAAGCAGAAUAAGUGUGAGAAAUCACUUCUGUGAUCAGAGUGAUUGUGAAUGGUUUUAAACGCUACACUCAGUCAAAUGAAGGCGCUCCUCCAGGUGAAUUCACUGUUUACUGUAUUUUAAACUGUUUUAUGCUCUCUAUUAUAGAAGGCAUGUCCUCAGCCCGUUCUCUUGUACCAGUCAUGUAACCCAGUGUGUUGCCAGAAGAGUGGACAUCCCUAUUCUUUCAGCAUCGAGUGUUUAAUAAAUCAUGUUAAAUUCACAAAAUCCAUGUGUUCCUUUAAAAUAAUAAAAUAUAUAACAAAUA